AUGGUUCUUUGCCCCGGGUGCCAUAACUUUGUGGGGAACCCCUGCGCCUGCUGCCGAACUGCCUCCAGAAUCCAGUUCUUUCUGACUCGGACGCAGUUUCCUCCGGCAGUUGAAGGAAGGCUGGUGGGGAUUCUGAGGCAGGCAGUGGGUGAGAUCACCGACGUUGCUGAGCAGCUGGGUUCCUUUCGCACGGCACCAACCCCGGGAGCAGUUGCAGGAGCUCCUGACGGGCCAGGAGGGACAAAGACCGAAGAGGUAGUAAAGGAGGAGAAAUCAGAGGCACCAGUGGAGAAGGAGAAGAAAGAAAAGAAGAAGGACAAGGCAAAAAAGGCAUCAAAAGACAAGAAGCGAGACGAGAAGAAGCGAGAAGCGGCAUCGGGAGCAAAGGAGGCUCCUGUGGAAGAGAAAGAAGAGCCCAAGGAGGAAGAGGUAGACGCAGAAUCCUUGAGGAGAGACAAGGCUGCCCCACUUGUGGAGGCUCCCUUUCUGUACGUGGCAGUGCCGCCAAGCACUUCAGGGCCAACGACGGAGGAGGUCGAGAGAGACCGCCCGAACCCAGGGGCCUUCCGCCGAGUAGGAGGCCGACUGCAGGAGAGCAACCGCAUCCGAGAGGAGAGAGGCGACAAAGAUCGAGGACGCCAAAGAGAAAGUCAAAAGGAACGAAGCACCGGCAAAGAGGCAGGGACUAUUGGCGGCAGGUCCAAGAGAGGGACCGAUGGCGCCGAAGGUACAACCAGCAAGGAAGGCAAGGGGGGGCCUCCUGGCAUGAGGAGGCCGGCUGGAGCGAAGGAGAACAAACGAAAGAGGCCAGCUGGCGUAGAAGAGAUAGACUUGGAAGCAGAAGCUUUGAAGCGAUGGGAGAAAGGCUACACGGUCCUGCUGCGCUAUCUCGAUACACGGGCUCUGGAAACGGGCAGUGGGUUGGUCGUCACAGAAGGCACCUACUACCACCGAAGGGUGACAUUGGCGGGCAAGGUCAACAGCGUCACCGUGAGCGGAGGAGUUACGACAGCCAAGAUGGCCCUCACAGGGACGGGAGACGAAGAGCUCCUGAAGUUCCACACAUCUCACCCAGGGGUCGAGAUAAGAGCCCAUGUCUGUGGAGCCGAAUGCAACAAAGAGGAGGCAGCAGAGGACCUAGUGCACAUUCAGGUUGGGAGGAAGAUGAGAGAGGAAGGCGCCAAAGAUCCAUGGGUGACCAACUUGAUGAAGGUGGCAGCCCCAGAGGACGACGGCGACGAGCUUGCCCUGAUCCGAGCCCGGGUCGGCGGGGGCCCACGAGGAGAGGCCCCUGGGAAAGACAGAGCAGAGGAGGCGAAGGACCUAAGGGCCCUGGAGCUCAGUCCUGCGCGGAAGCGGAAAGAAAAGAAAGAGAGGAAGAAGGAGAAGCAAAAAGAAAAGAAGGCAAAGAAGAGGAACCGGAGGGAAAGCGCCACAGAGGAUUCAGGGAAGACGGAGGAGCCCAUCAGGCUAGACGGGUCCCGGGCCCGUCAAGCCUGUCAGAAGAAGGCCAGACUCUUGUUUGCAGGCACGGGGCUGGAUCCAAAGGAUCGGGUGCGCAACAAAGUAGCACGGAAAGCGAGGCAGCACCUGAAGAAGAGGACGGACAAGAACAGCUCGAGCUCGAGCCAGGACGGGAGCCACACGAGCUCCUCGGCAGGCCUGGAAGAUGUAGAGGAGAGCAUCUUCGAGGAGGGGUCAAAAGUGCGAGUCAUCGCAGAGCACUUCCCAGGAGCUUUGUCAAGUCAGGCACUGAGAUCAAUGAGGCCCACGCUGUUGCAGGAGAUUGGGUCCGAGGAUCGCCCCAACACCUUGCAGCCAGUUGCAGUGGCCUAUUAUCGGCAGCAGCUGCAACGCCGUGCCGGAGGUCCCACGGCGCGGGAGCUGAUGACACUCUGCCACUCAGUGGAUCAGCUCCUGAAAGGAAAGCCAUCCUCAGCCAUGGAUGCGAUGAUUCAAAGAAUCAAAUCCAUAGAGCAGAGCUUAGCAGGGAGUCACUGGUCAGUAAGCCAGAGACAAGAAGUACUCCCAGCGGACAAUGCGACGCUCACAGCUCUCCCCGAAGCUUCUGCAGCACAGAGAGAAAUCUAUCAGGAGGCCAAGAGCAAGAGGAAAAGGGGCAGGAGCCAAGAGCGACGCGCCCAAGAAGAAGGAUGCCUGAGGGAAGGAAGGUGCCUAGAGGAUGAGAUUGAGGAUUUGAUUGCGGGAGCUAUGGCUCCUGAGAGAAGUGAGGCUGACGCCGAUCAAACUGAGGUAAAGAAUUAUAAGGGAGGAAUGGUAGUGGCCUCCCCUUCACGUACUGAAGAAGGCGUCGGUGGGGAGGGCUAUGGCCUCACUAGCCGCUAUGAGCCCCACUCUUCAAAGCUGCAUGAGACCUCGACGAAGCAUCGAGCGGAUCGAAUUCAAGAUGAACCAGAUCGGCACUGUGGGUCAUCUGGCCCUGCUUUUGCUUUAGCGGCCCUCGAACAGAUGAGCCGUGACCGCGCCGGUGCCCAGCAGAAAAAUGAUGCGCUUCCGAACUUGGGUGGCAGGACAAUGGGUUCGUUAGGUCAUGCAUUGUUUCAAAAACUCUUAGAAGUUUUGCCACUUCGCAGCCAGCCCAUGGGUGAAGGUAAAGCUAGGACUCUUUUCCCUUUGCCCACUUCUAAAGAGUUUAUUUUGGAACUGCAGCCUGGCCUUACGGAGGAUGAGCUUGCCUGGACUUUGUGUGUUUGUUGGUCGCUCAACUCACUUUGGGGAGAGGCCCUUACCAAUGAUUCACCCCCAAAUUCUUGUCAAAAGAGGUGUUUGGAUGAACUGGUGAAACUGGCGCAGAACUUUGCAGGGAUGACAGUCAAACUCGAUGACCUGAGCUGGGACCAGUUUCUACAGGUUAAAAGUGUUGACUAUCGUGGGGAUGAGGUCAAGGUUGGCCGCUGGUUCUCCUGGUCUAACAUUUCACCAGCUUUGCCUGCCGAAGUAGGAAAAGUACCAUUGGCAGAAGUAUGUAGUCUAGGUGCUAAGCACUAUGUGGAGGCAUUCGAUGACUUUUUGAAGUCCCCUUCAGAAUGGCGCCCGGUGCGAUCCCCGAGAGUCAUGGUCAGUGACUCUUGUUGGGGUGAGGUAUGCACUGGCUUGGUGUCAUCGGGGGUCUGCGUUUGGCUCGAGGAAUCAGAGGUCUUUCAGGUGGAUGACUCUCCUCUUUUGAACGGUUUAUUCGGAGUCAGUAAAGAUGAUUUCACAGAUGAGGGUGUUGAGAUUUUUCGACUGAUCAUGGACCUGCGUCCCCUGAACGCCCUGUGUAUGCCUAUUUCAGGAGAUGUGGAAACACUGCCCUCUUGGGGAAGCAUGACUCCUUUUUUCCUUCAGCCUAGUGAGCGGUUAGUCAUUAGCUCGGAAGACGUGAAAUGCUUCUUUUACACAAUGAAGGUGCCACAGUGUUGGGUGAAGUAUCUCGCCUUCAACAAGUUGGUGCCGCCAGAUGUGUUGCCAAAGCACUUACAGGGUAAGAGGGUGUACAUUGCCUCGGCUGUUUUGCCAAUGGGGUUCUUAAACAGCGUGAGCUUGGCCCAGCAUGUGCACCGUAACCUGGUGCACUGGUCAAGCGAAGCGGGAGGAGCCGCGGGGGUUAACACUCCUGAACAAGAGCUCCGCAAGGACCGCUCCUUCACGGUGAGCAACCCCGCGUGGAGGGUCUACCUGGACAAUUAUGACCUCCUUGAACGGGUAGAGGAGUAUGAGCACUGGGAGGUGCCCCGAAACAAGAAGAAAUCGGUGGAGCGUGCUCUGCGCGCAGAAAUGCAAGGCGCCACUGUGGAUGGUGAGCGGGGUGUUGCCUACCCUCGAGAAGUGAAGCUCAGGCGAUACUUUGUCCUCGCCCUCAAGCUCAUGGCAGAGAGCGCUGGUACUCAGAAGCAAUGGCAGGUGGUGUGCGGGGGUUUGGUCUACGUGAGUAUGUUUCGUCGACCUCUCCUGGGCAGCCUAAACUGCGUAUGGCGGCACAUUGAAAGCUACAAUGGCAGCGGGAGAAGGUUUAUGAGGACCCCUGGGGAUUGCAAGCUGGAAGUGCUUCGAUUCCUAGGAUUGCUACCCCUAGCCGUCCUUGACUUCCGGUUGGGGAUACAUCCGACGGUGACAUGCAGUGAUGCCUCAUCAGGUGGUGGGGGAAUCUGCGCUUCUGUGCGCACCACCAUGGUGGGCAGGACGAUUGCCGAAGGCAGUCUGCGCGGCGAAUACCCUGAACCACGUUGGGAUGGCGGGGUCGUCGUGAUCGGGCUGUUUGAUGGCAUUGGCGCAUUACGGGUAGCAAUGGAGCUCCUGGGCGCCCCCAUCAUUGGCUAUGUGUCGGUGGAGAAGCACGAACCAGCGCGGCGCGUCGUAGAGCGGCACUAUCCUGGAGUCCUACACUAUUUCGACGUCAUGGAGGUCACAGCUGAGCAAGUUAGGCAAUGGGCUACCCUGUACUCCCAGGCUUGCCUGGUGGUGAUCGGGGCUGGCCCACCGUGCCAGGGCGUUAGCGGGCUAAACGCCGACAGGAAAGGCGCCCUACGAGACGAGCGGUCUUGCUUGUUUUCGGAAGUGCCUCGGAUCCGCGACUGCGUCAAGCAGGCCUUCCGAUGGUGUCCAGUGUACACCUUGAUGGAAUCAGUGGCCUCAAUGGAUAAGAAGGACAGGGAUAUCAUGACCCAGGGGAUUGGAACUGAACCACUUCGGUGCGAUGCAGGGACCUUGACAUGGUGCCACAGGCCCAGGCUAUACUGGUGUGACUGGGAGAUCGUGGAGUCACCGGGUUAUCAUAUCACCCCGGGCAGCGCUGGCGAGCCCAGCGAUCUUGUCCUUGAUGGGUGCCAGGACCCCAAUGAAGUUAUCCGGGCAGGCUGGGUCAAGGUGGAGCCUUUGAAAUCGUUCCCAACUUUCACGACCUCACGACCACGAUCCGUCCCAGGACGCAAGCCAGCGGGAGUCCAGCAAUGCUCCUCGGACGACUUACGUCGGUGGGAACUAGAUCGGUUUCGUUUUCCGCCGUAUCAAUACUGUAUGGCCAACUGCCUGGUGAACAAACACAACGAGCUGCGGGUCCCUGAUGUGGCAGAGAGGGAACUCAUGUUGGGGUUUCCUCUGAACUUCACCGCAGGUUGCCUCCCGAAAAACAGGCAGAAAGGUGAUGAAUACAAUGACUGCCGUCUUACGCUACUGGGCAAUACCUGGAGCGUUGUAGUUGUUGCCUCCCUGCUUGGCCAGCUCCUUACCCGCUUGGGGAUGCUUGGGCUACGUACUCCUCAAGAUCACCUCAAUCAAACAUCACCUGGCGGGUGUCCCUCAGUUCAGGGGCGCCUGAUCCGGCUGGCCCUUAAUCCGGGGAAACAGGCGCAGGAAGACGCUUCACAGUUGCUUGCCCACAAAGUUCCACCGCCUCCGAGCGACGCUGCCAGCCAUGUCGUGGAAGUGGAGAGUGGUCGCUGGUUGGAAGUGGAAAAGAGUUCCGCAAUGCCAAAGCGUAAGCUUUUGGAACACCCUGAAGCCACUGAGCGCGCAAAACAGAGACAAGCCUUGGGCACUUUACAUGACCUCACAGUUCAGCCCACCACUAGGAAAAGGUACCAGAAAGCAACCGAAGCCUUCUUUCAAUUCCUGCGGCAAGAGGGGAUCGUCAUUCCAAAAAAGAAGGAACAGUUUGACCAUGUUGUUUGUGAAUUUCUAGAGUAUUUGUGGAGUACGGGGGCUGGCCGGGGGCAAGCCAAUGACACAGUAGCAGGCCUACAGGAUCUUCAACCAAGCCUACGUCAUCAUCUACCCGGAUCAUGGCGUCUCUUGAAGACAUGGGCAGUGAAUGAAGUGCCAAACCGGGCACCACCCCUGCCUGAGCAAGUCGUCCACGCAAUGGCGGGCUGGGGAUUCUUCCAUGGGCACAAUUCUUUUGCUGUUUCUCUUAUCAUUGGCUUCUAUACCAUGCUUCGCUCGGGAGAACUCUUGGGUCUCCUGUCCUCGCAUAUCCUGUGUGCUCCCCGUGACCGGCAAGUAUUGAUCUCUCUGGGUCUGACAAAGAGCGGCAAACGACAGGGCGCUGCCGAAUCUGUCAUUUUGGGUAUAGAAGCGGGAGCGGAGCAACUUGGUGGUUUCAAAAACACCAGAGACUGUCCCACCCAGGUCUACGUUUGGAAGUUUGGCCAGUUUCACUUCAACAAGUGGAACGCCCAGGCUCGGCUGAGACACCUGUCCUACGCAGAUGGUGAAAGGACUUUGAUCCAGGAGAACACGUACUCCAAGGUGUUUCUCAUGCGCAUGCCGAUCAUGGUCAGGACAGAGUAUUGCUGGCUAAAGAAUGCCAACGACCGUGUCCUCACUGAGUUUGGCGAGUGUCCCCUCGAUCAAGGUGGCUAUUUUAUCAUCAAUGGUUCGGAGAAGGUGCUCAUUGCCCUGGAGCGUAUGGCAAAUAACUUUGUCUAUGCCUUUGCCAAAAAGCAACCCUCCAAAUAUGCCUGGGUUUGCGAGAUCCGGUCUGCCCUUUUCGAAGGUUCUGCUGGCAACUCUGGAUUUGCUGUCAAGCUCCUCACAAACAUGGGUUCAAAGUCGUACUGCAGAGGUCAACUCGUUUGCACGUGCCCAUACAUCCGAACUGAGAUCCCACUCGUGGUCAUGUUUCGGGCACUGGGCAUCGUAGCAGACAGAGAUAUUUUGGAGCGAAUCGUGUUCGACAUGAGUGAUUUUGCCAUGUUGAAUGCGUGCCGGUUAUCCAUCGAGGAUGCUGCUCCAAUCUCUACGCAAGAGAUGGCUCUCGACUACAUUGCCAAGCGUGGACCCACCAUGGGGGCCACUCGAGAUGUGCGAAUUCAGUAUGCGCGAGAACUGCUCCAAAAGGAGCUUCUUCCACAUAUUGGGAGGACGCGCAACAUUGAAGGUCGCAAAGCCUACUUCAUUGGCUACAUGACCAACCGUCUUCUCCUUGGCUUUCUGGGAAGAAAUCCCGAAGAUGAUCGAGAUCAUUUUGGGAAGAAACGGAUCGACUUGGCAGGUGCGCUGGUCUCCGCGUCAUUUACUGGUCUUUGGCGCAAAACUGUCAAGGACCUGCGAAAAGUGUUGCAGCGUAUGCUCAACAAAGGCAAGGUACCUGAAGACAUCCAGGAGUGCUUGAAGCAGGCAUCCUGCUUGAGUCAAGGCAUGAAGUACCAGUUCGCGACCGGAAACUGGGGCCAGGACAAAGCUGGAAAGCCAGUUCGCACAGGCAUCUCACAGGGUCUGAAUCGGCUAACCUUCAUGGCCACUUUGUCUCAUUUGAGGCGCAUGAUCACACCUUUGGCCCGUUCUGGAAAGCUGGUGAAGCCCAGGCAACUUCACAAUACCCACUGGGGCUUGGUGUGUCCUGCAGAAACGCCCGAAGGGCAGGCAGUGGGAUUGGUGAAGAACAUCUCUCUCAUGUGCUGGAUCACGCUGGGAGCUGCCCAGACUAUCAUAGAGGACUUCCUCGACGAAUGGGGUGUCUUGGACCUGAUGGAAUGCACUCCGGAACACAUGAAGACCUACUCCAAGGUCUUCCUGAAUGGCAUCUGGAUGGGAAUGCACAGGAACCCUGCUGAGCUGAGGAAUACUUUGCAGAGCCUCCGGCGCCGAAAGGAUAUCGAUUCUGAGGUCUCCAUUCAGCAGGACUUGAAGAACAACGAGAUUCGCAUUUCUUCUGACUGCGGUAGAUGUUCGCGUCCAUUGUACAUCGUAGACUACGAGAAGCAGAAGGUGCUCAUCAAUGGUCACCACGUGGAGAAGGUCAAGAAUGGCGAUUGGGAGUGGGGAACCCUCAUGCGUGAAGGACUGAUCGAGUACCUCGACGCAGAGGAGGAAGAGUGCUCGAUGAUUGCAAUGUUCAUCCAUGAUUUGGUGAAGACUCGUGCCUACUGCAAGACGUACACUCAUGCAGAGAUUCAUCCAGCAAUGAUCUUCGGUGUUUGCGCAUCGAUCAUUCCCUUCCCAGACCACAACAUGAGCCCCAGGAAUGUCUUCCAGUCUGCGAUGGGGAAGCAAGCCAUUGGAGUCUUUGGAACCAAUUUCUACUCGCGGAUGGACACGUUCGCGUGUGUCAUGUGCUACCCAAUGAAACCAUUUGUUGGCACACGCUCGAUGAACUACUUGCGUUUCCGAGAAAUGCCUGCUGGAGUGAACACAAUCGUGUUCAUCAUGUGCUACACAGGCUACAAUCAGGAAGAUUCCCUGAUGUUGAGUCAAUCUUCUGUGGAUCGUGGCUUUAUGAGGGCCGUCUCAUAUAGAUGCUACGCCGCAGAGGAGAAGUUUGAUGGAAGGAAGCCGAUAGAUCAGUUCUGCAAUCCUUCGCACUUCAGAACCGCCGGCCUGAAGAUUUCUCUGAGUUCCUACGAAAACUUGGAUCAUGAUGGUCUCGCUGUGCCAGCAGGUGGACGCGUUCUAGGUGAUGACGUACUGAUUGGGCGCACAUCAAUACUUCCCCCAGACAUGCAGAGGGAUGAUGGCGUGGGUCCACAACAGUAUGAGCGGAAGGACAACUCCAUUCUUUGCCGAACAGCUGAAACCGGUGUCGUGGACCAGGUGAUGGUGAGUCUCAACAAAGAUGGGUUCAAAUUCACGACGGUCCGCCUUCGGACGCUGAAGAUCCCCGAGGUUGGGGACAAAUUUGCUUCUAGGCACGGUCAGAAGGGGACGCUGGGGAUUUUGUACCGGCAAGAGGACUUGCCUUUCACACACUUCGGAGUGACGCCUGACAUUAUCAUGAACCCGCACGCAAUUCCCUCUCGGAUGACGAUUGGGCACUUGGUCGAGCAGCUCACUGGGAAGGUUGGUGCACUGGUUGGCUGUCAAGGAGAUGCAACUCCAUUCACGCGAGUCACUGUGAAGGACAUCAGCAGCAGGCUACACGACAUGGGCUUCCAGAGGUUCGGCAACGAAAAGGUGUGGAAUGGACACACUGGGCGUCCUCUCACGAACAAGAUCUUCGUUGGGCCAGUGUAUUAUCAGCGCCUGAAGCAUAUGGUCAGCGACAAAGUGCAGUCCAGAUCCAGGGGCCCAGUCCAAACAUUGACGAGACAGCCAACAGAAGGUCGUGCGAAGGAAGGUGGUUUGCGAUUCGGAGAGAUGGAGCGUGACUGCAUCAUCUCCCAUGGCGCAGCCAAGUUCUUGAAGGAGCGUCUCUUUGAUGUGUCAGAUGCUCAUCGAGUUCACGUUUGCGACACGUGCGGCUUGUUCGCAAUUGCAAAGCUCAACAAUGACACCUACGAGUGCAAGCUUUGCAAGGAUAAAGCCAAAGUUUCGCAGAUUUGCCUUCCGUACGCGUGCAAGCUCAUGAUCCAAGAGUUGAUGACCAUGAACAUCCUCCCACGCUUGGUUCUACAUGUUCAGUGAAAAGCUGCGUGCCCUGAAUGCUGUAGACAGAGAUGCACAUAUCUGCUCGAUGUUGCUUUGCAACAGAUCCCCAAGAGCUUUCUGGCAUGUGCGUAUUCUCCUCUGCAUUAUGUUUCGCUGCGUUGCG